GUGUGUGUGCAGGGAGUGGCUGCUACUCUCCAACCUCAUGCCGGCAGAUUGGGAUUAUUUCAUUCAGAAGAAAAGCUGAAGUUUUUGUGCCUGUGCGGUUAUUAAAUCUGGACUGUAUGAGUCCUACAGGUAAAAUGGAAAGAGUGACGCACCAUCUGACCCUCUAGUGCCUUCCGAAUAUAUCCCUCUGCGUCGGACACCAUGAACAUGCUAAAGUCAGGAGCCCUGAAGAUCCCCGGCAGGGGUCCGAAGCACUCCAGCUCAGCCGGACGCAACGCCACGGUGCAGGCGUCCUCCCCUGCAUCCCAGAAAGACAAUGUUCUACACAAGCAGCCCCAGACGACCCCGAGCAGCAACGCCUCGGACAAGUCCAGCUCAAAAGCCUCAGAAGUGGGCGACGAAGCGCCCAGCGACUUCUCCCUGGCCGAGUGCGUGUGGGUGAACGGCGUGAAGCCGGGCCGCGUGGCCUAUCUGGGCGAGACCCAGUUCGCCCCGGGACAGUGGGCCGGCGUCGUCCUGGACGAGCCCGUGGGGAAGAACGACGGCUCGGUGGGUGGCGUGCGCUACUUCGAGUGCCUCCCGCUGCAGGGUAUAUUCACCCGGCCCUCCAAACUCACGCGCCAGCCCGCGGCCGACGGGGGCGACCCGGGGGACCCCCUGGCAGGGCCGAACUGCCAGACGGGCGCGGGCGGGCAGCGUGUGGUCAUGCCUUUGAGAGAGGGGAUACUAAACAGCGCCACGAAGACAGGCAACGAGUCCGGAUCCAACAUGUCCGACAGCGGCUCGGUGAAGAAGGGCGGGGAGAAGGAUCUGAGAGUCGGGGACCGUGUUCUGGUGGGCGGAACUAAAACCGGCGUGGUGCGCUACGUGGGCGAGACGGACUUCGCCAAGGGCGAGUGGUGUGGCGUGGAGCUGGACGAGCCUCUCGGGAAGAACGACGGAGCCGUGGCCGGGACCAGGUACUUCCAGUGCCCGCACAAGUUCGGCCUGUUCGCCCCGAUCCACAAGGUGAUCCGCAUCGGCUUCCCGUCCACCAGUCCGGCCAAGGCUAAGAAGAGCAAGCGCGUGGCCAUGGGCGUGUCCUCGCUGGCUCACAGUCCCAGCAGCUCGUCCAUCAGCUCCGUCAGCUCGGUGGCCUCCAGCGUGGGCGGCAGACCCAGCCGUACCGGCCUGCUCACGGAGACGUCGUCGCGGUACGCUCGCAAGAUCUCGGGCACCACGGCGCUCCAGGAGGCCCUGAAGGAGAAGCAGCAGCACAUCGAGCAGCUCCUGGCCGAGCGAGACCUGGAACGCGCCGAGGUGGCCAAAGCCACCAGUCAUAUCUGCGAGGUGGAGAAGGAACUGAGCGCGCUCAAGGCUCAGCACCUACAGUAUGUGACGGAAACAGAGAGCAGCCUGCAGCAGGUACAAAGCUUAUUGGCCAACGCGCAAAGAGAUAAAGUGGAACUGGCCAAUCAGCUUGAAGAGGAGAAAAGGAAAGUGGAGGACCUGCAGUUCAGAGUGGAGGAGGAAUCCAUCACCAAAGGAGAUCUCGAGACUCAGACCAAACUGGAGCAUGCCCGUAUUCGGCAGCUCGAGCGGAAUCUGCGUUUGGAAAAGUCCAAAGCAGACAAGCUUCAAAAAGAGUUAGAGGAGAAGAUGCAAUCUACGGUCGAGGAGAAAAGCCGUGUGAUGCUGCUGGAGGAGGAAUUAACCCUGCGUAAGGCCGAGGUGGAGGAGCUGCAGGCCAGGCUGCAUAGGGCGUCCCCAGAGGCGGAGGGCGAGGACGCCACCCCCAGCUCGGAGGCCCUCGCUCUGCGAGAGCGCCUGGAAUCUGCCCGGCGCGAGGAGAGCACCCAGCUGCGCGAGCGCUACGAGACCAUGCUGAGCGCCGGGCGUCAGGAAACGGAGCGACUCCGCGCCACCACCGAGCGCCAGGCCGCGGAGCUCACCAAGCUACGUCAGAGGCUCCAGCAGGCCACGCGCGAGAACAUGGAGAUGAUGGACGGCUGGAAGACCAAGCUGGACGGUCUGGUCGGGGACCACCAGCGCGCCCUGGAGGAGCUCAAAUCCUCGCUGCUGGGCGACCCCAAAGCCCCCGGGUCCGACGGAGCGGACGGAGAAGGGCCCGUGCCCGAAACGAGGGCCGCCGUGGAGAGCCUGAGGAUGGAGCAGCAGCUGGAGACGGAGAACCUCAAGGCCAAGCACGAGAUCGAGAUCGCCGUGCUGGCCAAGGAGCGCGAAGAGCUUCGAGCCAAGGUCCAGGAGCUUCAGGACAAGCUGGAGGAGAGCGGACAGGAGUUCCUGGAUCCGCCCGAGAAGCUCCAGGAGGCCGAGCUGAGGGCGGCCGAGCUGAGGGGGCGGCUGGAGCUGGCCGAGAAGAAGAUGGCAGACUACGAGGCGCUGCAGAGCGCCGAGGCGCAGAGCAAGGCCGAAAUCCGAGACCUGCAGGAGAGGCUGAGGGUCAGCGAGAACCGACUUCAGGCCGUGGACGCCGAUCGUAUCGGCCAGGAUGACAAAGUGAUAGAAAACAACGACACCUCCGAAGAGAAGAUCACGUUAAAGCAGAACAUGGAAGAAACGUUGGAGAAGCUGGCGAAGCGAGAAAAAGAAGUGUCCACUCUUACCACACAAGUGGACGACCUCAAAACGCAGAUCGCAGCAUUAGAGGGUAAAAUCCACACGGGAGAGAAGAAGACUGACGCCCUCCUCGGGGAGAAGGCCCGUCUGGAGUCCGAGCUGGAGGCCAUCACCAAGAAAUCCCACGAUGCAUCGGGCCAGCUGGUCGUCAUUAGCCAGGAGCUUUUGAAGAAAGAGAGGAGUCUGAACGAGCUGCGCGUCCUGCUGCUCGACUCGCCGCGCCACUCCGCGGGCGUGGAGCGCGACCUGAGUCGCGACGGGCACAAGGCCGAGUGGAAGGUGAAGGAGCAGAAGCUGCAGGACGACAUCAAGAGCCUGAGAGAGAAACUUCUGCUGCUGGGACGGGAGAGGUCGUCACCCGAGCACCGACGAUUUUCCAUGAUGGAGGCCACAGGGACGGACGCCGAGGUGGCACGGCUGCGCCAGCGGCUCCUCAGCACGGAGGAAGCCCUGAGGAACGCGCUGGAGCAUAACCAGCAAGUAGACCAGCUGGUACAGGCCAUGAGAACCCGCCCGGAUAAAAGCCAGGCGUACAGCAGCGCAAAUUCUGCCAAUGGGAUCCAUCAAUGAGACGCCACCUUCACCACAGAGGAACAGCACUGAUGAUGGGGACGCUGAGGCAAAGCUGAAUGAGGAGCCAACUAAUGCCUCACUGGACGUCUUCUCAUUUUUUGUUCACGUUUAGCGACACCAUGACUUGAUAGUAAAUGGAACGACAUGUAAACAAUGUGUGAGAUGCUAUUUAACCAUGAAGAGGUACGUUUGGGUUGCGGUUUUAGUUUCGGACCACUGAUCCAACCUGAAAACUACCUCCAGUAUGGACGAGCAUUCACCAGAAGGAAAGCAAGCAUCGGUCCUCCAUAAUGCUCCAGACUGACCAGGAUACUAUGAGGACAACUCUGGCCUGGAUUUAUGCGUGUUUAAUUUAUUUGCCUUUCAUGCUGUUGAAGCUAGACUCGAUAGUGCUCUGAUUUUUCGCCUUGAAAGGCUUCUCUCUGUUAGACUGUGUAGUCGAUUAAAAAAUGGGACUCUGAAUUCUUGUGCUCUUAUUCUUCAUGUACUGUACACAUGCCACAGUGUUCUAGUGACGUCUAGCUGCAGCCUCACACAUCAAACUUAGCUUGGGCAAGAAGCUUCAGGCUGGUCAAUGGAAUAAAGAAAAAAUACAAUUAAA